AUGGGUACGCCCACACAGAUCACAGAAGGGUUGAGUCUAUUCUCAAGCUCCAAUGAACUUUCAUUCGCUCGUCGAUACAUGCAUGACUUGGAUCAAAACCUUCGACAUAUCCCGAUAUAUUUUCAGAAGCUCACAGAACUCAGGCUACAAUGCGAAGCUCUUUUUCGCGGGAACGGUUUUCGAAAGCUUCCGUUGGAGCUCAUGUCGGAAAUAUUUGUCCAUUGCCUGGAACCUGUGUCAUGUCCAGAUGGCGGGGAAAGUUGCAGACCGCAUACCCAGUCUUCCGGUAUUGCUUUUGUCCUUUCGCAAGUCUGUAGACAAUGGAGAACGGUCGCGCUAUCGACACCGGCACUAUGGACCUUUCUGAACGUGGUCGUUCCUUAUACGAACGAUGUAGGUACCGUGUACCCUAACUUCAUCAACUGUUGUCUGGAACGAUCGCGUAUACUACCGCUGCACAUUGUCUUGAGUGCUUUCGAUCAAGAUGACGAAGAAACUGACGGGGAGGACACUUUUCAAAUCAUAUCUCGUACUAUUAACAGACUCAUACCCGAGUGUUCUCGUUGGGAAUCUUUCGAGCUAAUGAUAGAUUCGGAUCCGUGGCUCGAUGUCCCGACUCCUUCAUUCCGUCCUAUACCCCCAACAGGAACACCGACUUUGCGGUCAAUAUACAUCCAUAUUCGGUCGGAACACUUUUCAUGGAUAGUUGCUUGGAUAUCGGAGCUUAUGAGCAGUUCUCCAAACUUACAAGAGAUCUGCUUAACCUCAGCAGAAGGAAUCCAGUUUGCGGACAUCUCGUGGGACCACCUGCAAAUAUUCAAAAUCUUGGAGGAGAUUCAAAUGAAAGAUCUGUUCCUUCUCUUUAUGAAUUGUUCAGGAUUACAAAUCUGCGAGGCGUAUUUGGAUACACCCGUUCAUCUGGUCAUCGUGUCAUCUCCAGAAAUUGUCAUGGAUCAUCUGCAUACUCUGAUCUUGACCUGUGCCAAGGAGACUGAUCUAAAAGCAGUAUUCUGCUGGCUGACUUUGCCUGCACUGAAGGUGCUUGCACUUAGUGGUUUUUGCAACGCAGAGUGGCCGGCUGAGUCUUUCUCAAACUUUUUGUCGAGAUCCGAAUUCAGCUUGGAAACCCUUUCCCUGACAAAGUUGGCAUUUACAGAUGCACAACUUGUAUCUUAUCUUUAUCACUCGUCGAUUCAUGAUUCGCUUGAGACGCUGGUGAUUGAACCACAAGGGGAAAUUAUUAGCUCAUUCUUGCUCGACUUUCUUACAUUCAAGCUGCCCUCUUCCGAUAUGAAUACGAUGCAUGCACCUGUACCACUACUUCCGAAACUCAACAGCAUCCUUUUCACUGUCAAUGCCAUCACUCAGGCAGUUGCUUUGAGGCACUUCGUUGCUUCUAGGUGGUAUGAUACCGCGACGUACGAGGUUCCACUCCCUGUAGCAUGUUUGAAACAUAUUUAUGUCCGCCUCGCCGUUCCUUAUGCACCCAACGUCAAAUUUUCCAUUGAUGACAUCAAACAUGUUUUCAGUCGAGUUUGUAGAUCUCGAGGGACUGCGUUGAAAUUGGAGACUGUUUUUACGAUUUUCCGUUUGAUGGGGACAUGA